GCUGCGCACCGGGCCUGGUCCGCCUGGAGCGCCGCGCCCGCCAAGGAGAGAAGUGCAUUACUUCGGAAAUGGUAUCACUUGAUGAUUGAGAAUAAAGAUGACCUCGCUAAGAUCAUUACAGCAGAGAAUGGGAAGCCUUUGAAAGAGGCUCAAGGUGAAAUCCUGUAUUCUGCCUCCUUUCUGGAGUGGUUUGCCGAAGAAGCUCGACGUGUUUAUGGGGACAUCAUUCCACCUGCUGCAAAAGACAGAAGGAUCUUGGUGCUGAAACAGCCUGUCGGGGUGGCAGCCAUUAUCACCCCUUGGAAUUUCCCUAGUGCCAUGAUUACACGGAAGGUUGGUGCAGCCCUGGCAGCUGGCUGUACAGUGGUGGUGAAACCUGCAGAAGACACUCCCUUAUCUGCAUUAGCACUUGCUGAGCUGGCAAACCAGGCUGGCAUUCCGGCAGGAGUAUUUAAUGUUGUUCCCUGUUCCAGACAACAGACACCCGCUGUAGGGGAAGCUCUAUGCACUGACCCCUUGGUAGCCAAAAUCUCUUUUACUGGCUCCACUGCAACAGGAAAGUUACUGCUGCACUAUGCUGCUGACACUGUGAAAAGGGUCUCUAUGGAGCUUGGGGGGCAUGCUCCCUUUAUAGUAUUUGACAGUGCUAACAUGGACCAAGCUGUUGCAGGAGCCCUGGCUUCCAAAUAUAGAAACUCAGGACAGACGUGUGUUUGCACAAACCGCUUCUUGGUGCAAAAGGGAAUCCAUGAUACAUUUGUGGAAAAGUUUGCCAAAGCCAUUGAGAAAGAGCUACAUGUAGGAAAUGGAUUUGAUGAAAGAACUACCCAGGGACCAUUAAUUAACGAAAAGGCAGUGGAAAAGGUAGAAAGACACAUUAGUGAUGCGGUGGCUCAAGGAGCCUCCAUUGUGACAGGAGGAAAACGGCACAGCCUUGGGAAGAACUUCUUUGAGCCAACUUUGCUGAGCAAUGUCACAACAAACAUGCUUUGCACUCAAGAAGAAACAUUUGGUCCAGUGGCACCAGUUAUCAAGUUUGAUACUGAGGCAGAAGCUGUUGCUAUAGCAAAUUCAGCCAAUGUGGGUUUAGCAGGAUACUUCUAUUCUCAAGACCCAGGCCAGAUCUGGAGAGUCGCGGAGCAGCUGGCGGUUGGAAUGGUUGGGGUUAAUGAAGGAUUAUUAUCUGCAGUAGAGUGCCCUUUUGGUGGUGUAAAACAGUCUGGUCUAGGACGAGAGGGUUCAAAAUAUGGCAUUGAUGAGUACCUAGAAGUCAAAUACGUCUGUUUUGGAGGCUUAUAACAACCAGUGAGAGAGACAAUCCAUGAAGGCCUGGAAAAUAGGGCUUUAGGUCUAGUAAAUUACAAAUCUAGAUAUUGGUACAUAUUAGUGCAACUUUUACUCCGUUCCGAAUUAAGUGACCCUCUUGUGUAAGUGUUAAGAGAUGUUUUACAGUCUUGUGCUAGUAUAUGUAAAAAUACUACUCAACAUUGAUCUUUACAUACUGCAUGUUCAUAGUAUUAGUUAAUACCCAGCAGUAUAACUACUGUGCCUCUCUUUGAUGGGGGCAGGAAAGAAUAGUAGUGUCUCUAUUAUUUAAGCUUACCCUGAGUAAGCAAAUAGGGUGGAGUAAUUUUUGUCCACAAUGAAGAUCCAUCCUCCAUUUCUGGUAGAAGAAACAGACACCUUUUUUCCCUAAAACCAUGUAUGUGGGGAACUGUUGGGGGAGAUAACAUUUGGCAAAGUAGGGAAGUUAACAAAUUCUGUAUAAGCUGGAUGCACAGCGAGGCAAUGGAUACAGAACAUGCCUGGCUCAGUGGUAGCAGAGGAAAGAGAAUUUUACUCACCUUGCAGGGAGACUUCAGAGCUGUUGGAAUGAGGAGAAAACUAUAUCUAAGGUGGUAUGUAAAUGAAUGUCUAACCCAGUGGUUCUCACUUGUGGGGAGGAAGGGCUGGUGAGGGUCAUGAUGCAGGCAUUGCUGCCACUGCAGCAGCCAGGUAAAACUGCCCCACGUGCAGAUCUGCGGUAUGCACGUACUCCUGCUGCAUCGGGGCUUUCUCGUAACACUAAACCAGGACAGGAGAGCUGACUCAGGCUGUAGCCUUUCCCCAUGUACUCUCCCUUUUUCCCUUCACCCCCACCCAUGAUUUUCCAGAACCAGGGGAAACAUCAUGUAUCUGGGUCCAAGAAGGCCAUUCUCCUUAAGCAUUCCCAGGGAUAACUGUUCUUCUGGCGUGGUUUAGUACCCACCGAGGUGUUGGGGCUCCUCCCUAGCUUGCUUCUGUGGCCAUAUGGCUGAGGGCAGGCGAAACUUGGGAGCAUCUGAACCCCAAGUCUUUGGUCUUGGGCCUGCACGUAGGAUGCCUGCCAGAAGACUUCGGAAAUAUCUGAAGCACCUGGUGGAAGUUGAGGAUGUUUGCUGGUUGUAGGGCCACUUCUGAUUCUGGACUGACUCACGGAUUUGGACUUGAUUUGGCUUGGAACACGAAAAGUUUCUUUAAAAUAAAAGAGAACCAGAGGCACACGAGACAUUUCCACCCAUUUGCCUCUGUUUCUAGGAUGAGAACUGGGCAGGCGCAGGGGGAAGGCUGCAGACCAGACUCCUGUCCUGCUUUAGGAUGAUCUCUAAUGCAGGAGGAGCAUGUGCACAUUCCACAGCCCUUCUUGAGCUGGCUGUGCAGAAGGUGUGGGGGGCAGUUAUACCUGGAGGCAGCAGCAGCUGGGUGAGAACCACUGAGGUAAGUUGAGGCAGCACCAACAGUGGUUCUGAAAUGGGGGUACUAGCACAUUGAAAAUAUCAGUGGAAGAGUGUUCUCGCUGAACAGGUUGGGAACCACUGACCUAACCAAUCCCCUUUGCAAGACCAAUGUAAUUCCCCAUGGACCAAGGAAAGGAUAUGUUAAUCAACAUCCAUGAUGCCUAACCCCUUUUAGAGGGUGUUUUUUACCACAUCUGCACAGCAUCUACACAGGCUCCAGAGCUCCUCUAGCCUCUGCUCCCUGAAAGUCUCCAGGCCUUGGCUUGGGCUUUUCCACAUGCAGGGAGAUGUCUAUUAGAGAGUUAGGUUCUACUAAGAAUUUAAAUACAGAUCUGCAGUGGGGAGGCUUUUGUGAGCCAUCCCAGUUAGUUAAGGGAAAUCAUCUUUAGAAGAUGAAAGAGUGGUGCAUUCCUGAAGUUUUAACUUUACUUAAAUAACAAGCACUUUAUUCAGAAAACUUCUUUCUAGCUAGCAUUGCAGAGGCUGCAGGGAAGCAGAUGUCUGUCUACAUUUUCUAUUUACAAGGCAUUUAUAGUUGUUACAGUGAGCCAGCCUCCCCCUAUCUACACUGAAUUUCCCUCAGUCUAAUUACACUAUUAAGCAGGCUGUUGUACAAUAUACAUUCAGUUAUGCAAAGGAAGGGGAAGUAUGAAUUUGGGAAUGAUUUAAGAUUGGCAGAGUGGAGCAGAGCUUCACAGCAGACUUCUAAAGUGCACACACAGAGUGCUGUAAAAUACUACGUGGCUUUUUAAUAUUGUUGUUAUUAUUUAGUUUGUAUGGCAUUAUCAGGGAUCCUGGGUUUCUCUGAUAUUCAAAAAAAAAACCCCAAUUUUUUUGUUAAAAAAAUAACCCAA